GGUGCUGUCUACAACUCCAACGAACGUCAGCCUCACUCUGUUUGCCUACAAGGCACCCGAGUCGAGCUCCUCCAGUCUCUUCAAGCACACCUCAAUGAUCGCAAUCGAAAGCUCCUUUGGGUCACAGGCGAGUCCGGGUGCGGCAAAUCAACGAUAGCCCACACUCUUGCAGAGAAACUAGACAGACAGGGCAGGCUCGCAGCCACGUUUUUCUUCUCACGGAAGCAUGCAAAACGCAGCAAUCUCGAUCACGUCUUUGUCAGCCUUGCUUACCAACUUGGGCUUCACCAUCCUCGCGCACAGGAUAUCAUCGUUCAAGCCAUCUCAAAUGACCCAUCACUCCUC